UCUGACUGACUCACGAACUCAGCAUCACUGCACGGGCUUUUAUUUGGCAUCUCCCGUCUCCUCCGAGGAUUGCUCCCCCCGUCCAUCCUCCUCUCUCGCAGGCAGGCGGUGUUCGGACGUGAUGGCAGAACGCGGAGUGGAUCUUUCUGCCUUGCCCAAAGAGAUCCGGGAACAUCUGGCGGAGCUAGACCUCGAGCUAUCAGAGGGUGACAUCACUCAGAAGGGCUAUGAGAAGAAACGGGCAAAACUCCUCGCUCCCUUCCUCGUGCAGUCUCCAGUUGUGCCUGUGAAGAGUCCAGGACGGACCACUGCCUCCACUCCCUCCUCCUCCGGCUCGUCCACCCGCCAUCGCCGCACCACGCACCCACGGCACGGAGGAGGCACCAGAGAUGACCGCUACAGAUCAGACAUCCACACGGAGGCGGUGCAGGCGGCGCUGGCCAAUCAGGUGGACGGGGAGGAGAAGCUGGCUCCGCCCAUGCCCACCAAACGCCGCUCCACAUACGUGCCGUCCCCUGCUAAAGCACAGACCCCGCCAGAUUCGUCGUCCUCGUCGGAGGAAGAUGACGAUGACGAGGACAGCGGCGACAUCCUGUCUCCGGACUCGGCUCCGGACGGCGCUGCCCAGGGCUCCUCGUCUACCUCGUCCUCCUCGGCCUCGUCCACCCUCUCGUCCGACCCGUCCAGCCAGACGCAGACGCAGUCCAGCCAGGCGCAGCUGCAGACGCACAUACACUCGCACUCCUCGCACUCGCACAUGGCAGGGCCCAACCUGGGGGCCGUCGGUCAGCGCAUGUCCCGAGUGGACCGACCCAGCAACACCAUCCGGGGCAUGACCCACGUCCAGGGCCGCGGCACCAUCAUGGAGACGGCCGACGGUGUCCCAGUCUCCAGCAGGGUCUCCACUAAGAUCCAGCAGCUGCUGAACACGCUGAAGCGGCCCAAGAGACCUCCACUCAGCGAGUACUUCAUGGACGACCAGGAGGAGAUUGUCGAAGUUCCUCAGCCUGACCCGAGCAUCCCUCGUCCAGAGGGGAGGCAGACGAUCCCGGUGAAGGGCGAGCCGCUGGGUGUGGUCAGCAACUGGCCACCGUCCCUACAAGCCGCAUUGGCCCGCUGGGGCGCCACUCAGAGCAAGAGUCCCGCCCUCACUGCUCUUGACAUCACUGGCAAACCCCUCUAUACGCUCACCUACGGGAAACUGUGGAGUCGCAGUUUGAAGCUGGCGUACACCCUCCUCCACAAACUGGGAGCCAAAAAUGAACAGUUGCUCAAACCUAAAGACCGGGUGGCCCUGGUGUACCCCAACAGUGACCCGGGCAUGUUCUGGGUGGCGUUUUACGGGUGUCUGCUGGCUGAGCUCAUUCCUGUGCCCAUAGAAGUGCCUCUCUCUCGCAAGGAUGCUGGCAGCAGUCAGGUCGGCUUCCUGCUGGGUAACUGUGGCGUGAGUCUGGCCCUCACUAGUGAGGUGUGCCUGAAGGGUCUGCCCAAGACCCCCACAGGGGAGAUCCUGCAGUUCAAAGGCUGGCCUCCACUGAAGUGGGUAGUGACUGACCCCAAGUAUCUGACCAAACCCUCCAAGGACUGGCAACCUCACAUCCCCACCGCCAACACUGACCCCUCCUACAUAGAGUACAGGGUCAGUAAGGAGGGCACGGUGAUGGGCGUGGCCGUCUCCAAGGUUGCCAUGCUGACGCACUGCCAGGCGCUCACGCAGGCGUGCAACUACUGCGAGGGGGAAAUCCUGGUCAGUGUCUUAGACUUUAAGAAAGACAUGGGAUUAUGGCAUGGCGUUCUCACGAGUGUAAUGAACCGCAUCCACACCAUCAGUGUUCCAUACUCAGUGAUGAAGGCCUGCCCACUGUCUUGGGUCCAGAGAGUCCAUAUUCAUAAAGCACGUGUUGCCGUGGUGAAGUGUCGUGACCUCCACUGGGCGAUGAUGUCCCACCGAGAGCAGAGGGAGGUCAGCCUGGCUUCUCUACGCAUGCUCAUCGUGGCCGAUGGUGCUAAUCCAUGGUCCGUGUCGUCCUGUGACGCCUUCCUGAACAUAUUCCAGUCUCACGGCCUCAAGCCUGAGGUCAUCUGUCCCUGCGCCUCCUCUCCUGAAGCCAUGACCGUAGCCAUACGCAGGCCGGGCGUGCCGGGCUCCCCUCUGCCAGCUCGUGCGGUGCUGCCACUCAGCGGCCUGAGCCACGGGGUCAUCAGGGUCAACACGGAGGACAAGAAGACUGCCCUCACCGUACAGGACGUGGGCCACGUCAUGCCUGGAGCUCUGAUGUGUAUUGUGAAGCCGGACGGUCCUCCUAUGCUGUGUAAGAUGGAUGAGAUUGGAGAGCUGGUGGUCAACUCCAGGGCUGGGGGCACUCUGUACUACGGCUUACCUGGACUCACCAAGAACACUUUUGAGGUGAUCCCCGUAAAUGCCAGUGGAGCUCCAAUAGGGGAGAUUCCAUUCGUGCGUUCUGGAUUACUGGGUUUCGUAGGGCCGGGCAGUCUCAUAUUUGUAGUGGGCAAGACGGAGGGUCUGAUGAUGGUCAGUGGCCGUCGCCAUAACGCUGAUGAUCUCGUGGCAACAGCAUUGGCCGUGGAGCCAAUCAAAACAGUGUAUCGUGGACGGAUAGCGGUGUUCUCCGUGGGUGUGUUCUACGAUGAGAGGAUAGUGAUCAUAGCGGAGCAGAGGCCUGAUGCAUCUGAAGAGGACUCCUUCCAGUGGAUGAGUCGAGUACUACAGGCCAUAGACAGCAUUCACCAGGUGGGUCUGUACUGUCUGGCCCUGGUGCCUGCCAACACGUUGCCCAAGACGCCGCUGGGUGGAAUCCACCUCUCCGACACUCGCCAGCUCCUCCAGGAGGGGGCGCUACACCCCUGCAACAUCCUCAUGUGCCCACACACCUGCGUCACCAACCUCCCCAAGCCACGCCAGAAACAACCAGUGGGUGUUGGACCUGCGUCUAUUGUAUUGGGGAACCUGGUUGCUGGGAAACGGAUUGCUCAGGCAGCGGGGAGAGAACUGGGAAUGAUGGAGGACCAGAACCUCGUGAGGAAGCACCAGUUCCUCUCUGAGGCUCUGCAGUGGAGGGCUCAGACUGAUCCAGAUCACGUCCUCUAUGUGUUGCUAAACGCUAAGGGCACUGCGGUGUGCACGGCUACAUGUCUGCAGCUCCAUAAGCGGGCGGAGAAGGUCGCCGCAGCUCUCAUUGAGAGGAGCGGAAUCAACACAGGAGAGAACAUUGUUCUGCUCUACCCUCCAGGUAUCGACCUGAUUGCUGCUUUCUAUGGAUGCCUGUAUGCUGGCUGUGUCCCUGUAACCGUGAGGCCGCCGCAUCCUCAGAACCUUCCGGCAACACUCCCCACCGUCAAGCUCAUCACAGACGUGUGUAAAGCCGCUGGGAUCCUCACCACUCAGUUCUUAGUGAAGAUCAUCCGGUCCAAAGAGGCUGCUGCCACCGUCAACAUCAAAACAUGGCCCAUCAUCAUAGACACAGAUGACCUUCCACGCAAGAGACCACCUCACCUUUACAAACCUCCUUCGCCAGACGUCGUGGCCUAUCUGGACUUCAGUGUGUCUACGACUGGCAUGUUAACCGGAGUGAAGAUGUCCCACACUGCGGUGACGGCCCUGUGUCGCUCUGUAAAGCUGCAGUGUGAACUCUACUCCUCACGCCAGAUCGCCAUCUGCCUCGACCCCUACUGCGGCAUGGGCUUUGUGCUGUGGUGUCUCGCAAGUGUGUACUCAGGGCACCAGUCGGUGCUGAUCCCCCCUGCGGAGCUGGAGCUGUCUCUGGCGCUGUGGAUGAGCGCGCUCUCCCAGAACCGCAUCCGCGACACCUUCUGCUCCUACAGCGUCAUGGAGCUCUGCACCAAGGGGCUCGGGGGCCAGACCGAGAGCCUCAAGGCGCGGGGUGUGAACCUGUCGUGUGUGCGCUCGUGUGUGGUGGUGGCGGAGGAGAGGCCCCGGCUGCUGCUCACACACUCCUUCUCCAAGCUGUUCAAGGACCUGGGCCUGUCCUCACGCGCCGUCAGUACCACCUUCGGCUCCCGCGUCAACCAGGCCAUCUGCCUACAGGGCACCACUGGACCAGACCCUUCGACGGUGUAUGUAGAUAUGAAGUCCCUUAGACACGACAGGGUGAGGUUGGUGGAAAGGGGAGCCCCUCAGUCUCUUCCUCUUAUAGAAUCAGGCACGAUUCUUCCCGGUGUCAGAGUCAUCAUCGUGAACCCUGAAACACGAGGCCCACUUGGAGACUCUCACUUAGGAGAGAUCUGGAUAAAUAGUCCCCACUCGGCGGCUGGCUACUACACCAUCUACGGGGAGGAGAAUCUGCAGGCCGACCACUUCAACGUGCGCCUCAGCUUCGGAGACCCGCACACCCAGUGGGCGCGCACCGGCUACCUGGGCUUCAUCAAGAGGACCGAGCUCACCGACUCUACAGGAGGUCCCCAUGACGCCCUGUUCGUGGUGGGCUCUCUGGACGAGACGCUGGAGCUGCGGGGGCUGAGAUAUCACCCCAUCGACAUCGAGACCAGCGUGUCACGAGCGCACCGCAGCAUCGCAGAGAGCGCGGUGUUCACCUGGACCAACCUGCUGGUGGUGGUGUCGGAGCUGUGCGGCUCGGAGCAGGACGCGCUGGACCUGGUUCCCGUGGUGACGAGCGUGGUGCUGGAGGAGCACCACCUGAUCGUGGGCGUGGUGGUGGUGGUGGACCCCGGCGUCAUCCCCAUCAACUCGCGCGGCGAGAAGCAGCGCAUGCACCUGCGGGACUCCUUCCUGGCCGACCAGCUCGACCCCAUCUACGUGGCCUACAACAUGUGAGCCCCCCGGCAACGCCGCGGUCUCCACCCGGCGACCGGCCGGAUGGGAUGGAGGACGGAGGACAGAGGACGAACACUCACGCGCAUAUACACCACCUACACACCAGGGGGCACUGUCAGCUGGACACACACACACAAACAGAGAGAAGGAGAGAGGGGGGGGUAGGGUUCGAGAUCGGCACGCAGGACAACAAAAAUGGCCCCCAGCAGAGGAAAGCGAACGCUCGUUCUCCUUGGAGGAGAAAAGACGGAAAGGAUACCAGACAGAGUGCGAGAGAAGAGGGAAUGUUCUGGAAGGCGGGUGGUUUAUGGGUUAAGAGUGAAAGAGUGAGCCAAGUCUGUUUAGCGGUGUGGAAUGGGAAGAAAACAAAAAAAAUCCUGAGUGUGUUUGUUACUGUAAGUCAUCUGUUUCUGGAUCUAACAUCAGAUCGUACUCUACAGACUGUCCCAGUGCUAUAUAUAACGCAGUGACCCUCGGAGGAGGGGUUGUGACAAAUGCCAUUUAUUUUUCCAGAACAGGAGGAAGUGUUGAAUACGAAUGAGAAAGCUAGUCGAUUGGGUGCAAGUGAAAGUGUCUGUUGAAUAUGUAUUAAUACUCAUUUUUGCUCAAAGAUCAUGGGAGGUUACCAGUGCAGGGGCACGUUCCAGCUCCAGUACAGGGGCACGUUCCAGCUUUUGCCCUCUAGUCCAACUAUGCAUCUCUCCAAGUCCAGCGGGUCUCCAAACACACACACGGGCUGAGCCGCACAGGAGAAAUACACACACACACACACACACCUGGGGUUUAGAGUCACUCAGUUACUCUGGGGACUUACGUCAGGUCUGGGGUGAAUUUGCCAAAUUACCACAAUGCCAAUUAGCUUUCAUCACAAGUGUGUUUGCAGUCAUGGGUUUUCUCUUGUUUUGUAAACUAUACAGAGUUGUCCAAGUUACUGUAUAGAUAGACAUUUUUCUGUGGGUUUG